GGUCGUGUAUCACAUCAACCUCCAGUGUAACGCAUCCAUCUUCCACUUGAGAUUGGGCGCUGCUCUUCUGCAACUCGACCUUCCAAGAGAAAUCCUUCAAAGCAGAAAGAGCGCCCCCGUCUCCCUCUUUCUCUGCAAUUUUUUAUUUUUAUUUUUUAAAAUACCGAGAAAGCCCUUGAGAAAACCCUAAAAAAUGGCGACGAACCAACCCAACCUGGAGUGCCGGAUGUACGAAGCGAAAUACCCAGAGGUGGACAUGGCGGUGAUGAUACAGGUGAAGAACAUAGCUGACAUGGGAGCCUACGUGUCGCUUCUGGAGUACAACAAUAUCGAGGGCAUGAUCCUCUUCUCCGAGCUGUCUCGGCGUCGAAUCCGCAGCGUCAGCAGCCUCAUCAAGGUGGGCCGCCAGGAGCCCGUCAUGGUCCUUCGCGUCGAUAAGGAGAAGGGGUACAUCGACCUCAGCAAGCGCCGUGUCUCCGAGGAGGACAUCCAGGGCUGUGAGGAGCGCUACAACAAGAGCAAGCUCGUCCACUCCAUCAUGCGCCACGUUGCUGAGACCAUGCUGCUCGAUCUCGAGGAUCUGUAUAUCCAUGUUGGCUGGCCUUUAUACAGAAAAUAUGGACAUGCUUUUGAGGCAUUCAAGUUGAUUGUGACGGACCCUGAUUCAGUUCUAAACGCCCUUACUCGUGAAGUUAAGGAAGUUGGUCCUGAUGGACAGGAGGUGACUAAGGUGGUACCUGCUAUGUCAGAGGAGGUCAAAGAUGCUUUGAUUAAAAACAUUAGGAGGCGAAUGACCCCACAGCCACUGAAGAUACGUGCAGAUGUUGAAAUUAAAUGUUUUCAGCUUGAUGGGGUUCUUCAUAUCAAGGAAGCUAUGAGGAAAGCUGAAGCCGCUGGCAAUAAUGAUUGUCCAGUGAAAAUUAAAUUGGUUGCUCCUCCUCUUUAUGUUCUGACUACUCACACUCUUGACAAGGAACAAGGCAUAUCAGUUCUAAAUGAUGCAAUUAAAGCUUGCACGGAAGAGAUAGACCGGCACAAGGGGAAACUUGUAGUGAAGGAGGCACCUAGAGCUGUGAGUGAAAAGGAUGAUAAACUACUUGCUGAUCAGUUAAAACUGAAUUCAGCAGCUGAGGAUGCUGACAAUGACGAAGGCUCCGAAGAGGAGGAAGAUACAGGGAUGGGGGAAAUUGAUUUGGACAAUGCAGCCAUUGGGAUCACAGAGUAAAAAAAGAAAAAGAAAAAAAAAAAAAAAGAAAUCCGGCAAGUAGAAACGACUUUACACUUUUGACCAUGUUUGAGAUUAGCUGUAUAGAACUGGUGAAUGAGUGUAUCUUUAUUGAGCAUUUUUCAGAUAUAGUGUUCCAUUUUGCAGAUUUUGCUUCACAGAGGCAGCCAUGUUUGCCUGAAUUCAUUCGGUGGAUAUUUCAUCCCUUAAAACUUUUAUUUUUUAUUUUUA